AUGCCAUCUGUUCCUUUUGAUUUGAAAAGUUUGGCCCCAUCCGCAAAUAUCUGGGGUCCUCCAGCUGCUGUUCCAAACGAAUUACGUUUCAGUGAUAUCCCAUAUGCUCCUUUUUCCAAAGGUGAUAAAUUAGGUAAAGCUGCUGAUUGGACUGCAAAUGAAAAUUUAAAUAAAGAUUCAAAAUUAAAAAAUCAAAGAGGUCAAAGAGAUUAUUUCCAUGCGUAUGGUGCUUCUGCUGCUUCAAGUUUUGCUGCUGAAACCACUGGUGAAGAAGAAUUUUCUGUUGUUGAUAAUAGUAAAACUACUGCACCAAGAAAUCAAAAUAGUACAACUGUUUUAAAAGGUAGAAGAGGUGGUAAUAAUCAACAAUCUCAACAACAACAAGGUGGUUAUCAAAAGAAAACUUUUAAUAAUAGACCUCAAGCUGGUAACAAUGCAAAUCAAUCUGGUCAAAGAAAACCAUUUUUCGGUGGUGCAGGUGGUCGUCGUAAUUGGAAAGAUGAUAAACCUGAAAGAGUUCGUGAACCUUCAGUUAAAAUUGAAGAUGAUUGGAAAUUAGUUGAAGAAGUUAAAUUAAGUAAAUUAACUCAAUUAAAUUUCGAAGUUAAAGAUGGUGAAGAAAUUGAUUCUUAUGGUUCAGUUAAUUUAUAUAAUAAGAAAAUUGAAAGAAAUGCUGGUGUUCCAUUAAAAGUUAUUGAUAGAGCUUUUUAUAACCCAUCAGCUUCUGAUGAUCCAGUUAUUCAAUCAUUACAUUCUCAAAAUAUUGCUAAAGUUUAUACAACUGAUUCUGUUAUAACACAAUUAAUGUGUGCUUCAAGAUCUGUUUAUUCAUGGGAUAUUGUUGCAACAAAAUCAAAUGGUACUAUUUUCUUAGAUAAAAGAGAUGGUUCUUCAAUUGAUAAAAUUACUGUUGAUGAAAAUGCUAUUGAUGCACCAUCUGAUAGUUUAGAUGCUAAUAUAAAUAAUGCAGAAAAUUUAUCAUUAGAAGCUACUUAUAUUAAUCAAAAUUUCUUAGCAAAUUCAGUUUUAGAUGAAAAUGUUAUUAAAUUAAAUAAACCAAAUCCAUUCCAUAUUGAUUCUUCAGAACCUUUAUUAUCAAAAGGUUAUAAAUAUAAAAAAUUCAAUUUACAAUCAAAUGCUGAAGAUGCUGAACCAUUAUCAAUUGUUGUUAGAACUGAAUUUGAUUCAAAAGAUCAUACAUCAAAUCAAACAUUAGCUAUUAAAGCAGUUAAUGAAUAUACUAAUACUGGAUUAGAUUGGAAAUCAAAAUUCACUUCACAAAGAGGUGCAAUUAUUGCAGCAGAAUUGAAAAAUAAUAAUAAUAAAUUUUCUAAAUGGACAAAUCAAGCAAUUUUAGCUGGUGUUGAUACAAUUAAAUUAGGUUUUGUUUCAAGAUCUAAUUUUAAAGAUAAUACUAAACAUACCAUCUUAGGUGUUUCAUCUUAUAGACCACAAGAUUUAGCUUUACAAAUCAAUUUAUCCACUGGUAAUGGUUGGGGUAUUGUUAAAUCUUUUAUUGAUAUUAUUUCAAGAGAAGAUGAUGGUAAAUUUGUUAUCUUAAAAGAUCCAAAUAGUCCAAAAUUAACUGUUUUCAAAGUUCCUGAAAAUGCUUUCCAAGAUGAAGAAUAA